GACACAGACAUCUGAUCUCUGAUCGCUGAAGAGACAGACUUCAUAGGAUCAGAUCAUAUCAUCACUGAGAGAGAGAGAGAGAGAGACAGAGAGAGAGGAGUGACAAACAUAAUGUCCUCCGACGCCGACGCCUCCUUGACCACCAUCACCACCGUCGCCGUCGAGGCCGCCACUGCAUCGACAUCGACGUCAUCGCCGCUGCUGAAGAAUCGCCGCAAACCGAAAAGCGUUGUCUGGAAGUACUACGAAACGAUUGUUACCGAUGAUGGCCUCGACGGCGGCGGCCACGAAGUGUUGAGCUGUCUAUUUUGUGCCCUAAAGAUUAAGCCCGGUAUGGCCAAGAAUGCUACCAAAUUACGGCAACAUUUGGUCGAAAAGUGUAUGGAAGUACCGGCCGAUGUACGGGACAGUCUACGCGAUGUCGAUUUGAUUACCGGCGGUGGUGGUGGCCAAAAGAUUACGAAAACAGCGGCCAAAUCACUGGCCAAACAGUUGUCCAAACAGAUAAAACGUGAGGUCAAUGAAGACGAUUAUGAAGAGGAAGAGUCAUUUGAGACGAUGGCGACGACGACGACAACAAUUACACCGAUUAUCAGUCGAAGUGGUCGUAAAAGUAAACCAAACGUCAAAUAUAUUGAUAGAUAUGUCGAUGAAUUUGUUGGUCAUCAUCAGCAGCAGCAACAGCAGCGACGACAAACGUCAGCCAUGGCUUCGUCGUUCAGUAGACCAGAAKUAGCCGACGAUGAAAAUGACGAGUCUUUAGCUAAUAAUAAUAAUAAUAAUAAUCAAACAUUUAAUGAGACGCUAAAUAAGCGCCAAUUGGUGGCCAAAGUUAAGAAAUUGAAAGACGUUAACACACGUCUGUCUACACAAUUGGGUCAAUGUCUUCAACAGAUGGAUAUAUUGUCGAAGAUUAACAAACAAUUGGAACAGAGUGUCAGUUUGAUGUUCAGAUUGGAUUCAGUCAAUAGAGCCCAUUCGAUACGAUUUGAAGAUAAUGAUGAAGAAGUUGAAGAACUGACUGAACAGUUGAAUGCAAGUAACGAAGCAGUGAAUGAAUGGAAAGUUAGAUUAGAGGCUAUUAUAUUUGAAAACCGAAAAUCGGGCCGAAGUUUUUCGGGUCAAUCGGGAAACAAGAAGUCAUUGUCGGACAGCACAACAGAACAACAACAUCGAGAACCGAAUCAUCGAUUUGGCGAUACUUUCACUGUAUAG